AAGUUUUUCUUUUCCUUCUGCAGCUUUUUGACCAUGUGGCAGAAUGUCUGGGCGACUUCAUGGACAAGCAAAAAAUCAAGGAUAAAAAGCUCCCGGUUGGAUUUACCUUCUCAUUCCCCUGCACUCAGACCAAACUGGAUGAGGCCGUCUUGGUCAGAUGGACCAAGAAAUUUAAAGCCAACGGCGUUGAAGGAUCUGAUGUCGUGAAGCUCCUGAACAAGGCCAUCAAAAAACGAGGAGACUACGAAGCCGACAUCAUGGCGGUGGUCAAUGACACGGUGGGCACCAUGAUGACUUGUGGGUUUGAUGACCGGCGUUGUGAAGUGGGCAUCAUUAUAGGAACUGGAACCAACGCCUGCUACAUGGAGGAGUUGCGUCACAUCGACACGGUGGAGGGAGACGAAGGCCGAAUGUGCAUCAACACCGAGUGGGGGGCUUUUGGGGACGAUGGCUCCCUGGAGGAUCUGCGGACGGAGUACGACCGCGAGAUUGACAGAGGCUCCAUCAACCCAGGGAAGCAGCUGUUUGAAAAGAUGGCCAGUGGGAUGUACAUGGGGGAGUUGGUCCGACUCAUCCUGGUCAAGAUGGCCAAAGAAGGUCUGCUCUUUGAGGGACGGAUCACUCCUGAGCUCCUAACCAAAGGCAAGAUUGAGACCAAACACGUCUCUGCCAUCGAAAAGACUAAAGAAGGACUGAAGAAGUGUAUGGAAAUCCUGACCAGGCUGGGAGUGGAGCCCUCUGAAGAGGACUGUGUGGCCGUGCAGCACGUGUGCACCAUCGUGUCCUUCCGCUCGGCCAAUCUGAUCGCUGCCACGCUGGGUGGCAUCCUGUGUCGCCUGAAGGAGAACAGGGGAGCCAACCGCCUCCGCACAACCGUGGGCAUCGACGGCUCCAUGUACAAGAUGCAUCCUCAAUACUCUCGUCGUCUGCACAAGACCGUGCGCCGCCUGGUCCCAGACUGCGACGUGCGCUUCCUGCUGUCAGAGAGUGGGAGUGCGAAAGGCGCAGCCAUGGUGACGGCAGUGGCGUACCGCUUGACGGAGCAGGCGCGCCAAAUCCAGCAGACGCUGGCCGAGUUCCGUCUGAGCAAAUCCCAACUUUUGGAAGUGAAGAAGCGCAUGAGGGUCGAGAUCGAACGAGGCCUGAAGAAGGAGACUCACCAUGAGGCCACCGUGAAAAUGCUGCCCACCUUUGUCCGGAGUACACCGGAUGGAUCAGAAAAUGGAGAUUUUCUUGCUCUGGACCUCGGUGGGACAAACUUCCGUGUACUUCUUGUUAGGAUUCGCAGUGGGAAACGGAGAACGGUAGAGAUGCACAACAAAAUCUACGCUAUUCCUACAGAGGUCAUGCAGGGCACUGGAGAGGAGCUCUUCGACCACAUUGUGCACUGCAUCUCCGACUUCCUGGACUACAUGGGAAUGAAAAGCGCUCGACUGCCACUGGGCUUCACCUUCUCCUUCCCCUGUCUUCAGACCAGCUUGGACGCAGGGACACUGGUAACCUGGACUAAAGGCUUCAAGGCCACGGACUGUGAGGGUGAAGAUGUGGUGGAGCUUCUUCGGGAAGCAAUCAAGAGGAAAGAGGAGUUUGAACUAGAUGUGGUCGCCAUCGUGAACGACACAGUGGGGACCAUGAUGACCUGUGCAUACGAGGAACCCAACUGUGAGGUUGGACUGAUUGCGGGGACCGGCAGCAACGCCUGUUACAUGGAAGAGUUAAAAAACAUUGAAAUAGUGCCGGGGACCGAAGGCCGUAUGUGCGUGAACAUGGAGUGGGGCGCGUUUGGAGACAACGGCUGCCUAGACGACAUCAGGACGGUGUACGACCAGGCGGUGGACGAGAACUCGCUCAACGAAGGCAAACAAAGAUAUGAGAAGAUGUGCAGCGGCAUGUACCUGGGAGAAAUCGUCAGGCAGAUUCUGAUCGAUCUGACCAAACGUGGCUUCCUCUUCCGGGGACAGAUUUCAGAGACGCUGAAGACGAGGGGAAUCUUUGAGACAAAGUUCCUGUCACAAAUAGAAAGCGAUCGUCUGGCGCUGCUACAGGUCAGGGCGAUCCUGCAGCAGCUGGGCCUGGACAGCACCUGUGACGACAGUAUUAUCGUUAAAGAGGUGUGCGGCACGGUGUCCCGCCGCGCGGCUCAGAUCUGUGGUGCCGGGAUGGCUGCGGUGGUGGACAAGAUCCGUGAGAACAGGGGACUGGAUCACCUGGAAGUUACUGUAGGCGUAGACGGAACGCUGUACAAGCUGCAUCCACAUUUCUCGCGGAUCUUCCAAAAGACGGUGAAGGACCUCGCCCCCAAAUGUGACGUCACCUUCCUGUUGUCCGAGGACGGCAGCGGUAAGGGUGCCGCCCUCAUCACUGCGGUGGGUUGUCGCCAGAGGCAGCUGGACGCUCAGCAGCAGUAGAACUCUGAAGGAGUUCCCUCAUGUUUUGUCUCUGACCACCACUACCACUACUACCUGCUGACCCCUACUUGACCUUCACCCUGCCAAUCUCACAGACCCCAACUGCAUCUCACGCUUGCGGCCGUGACUCCACCUGUGCCCCACCUCCCCUCCACCCCCCCUCCUCACAGCCAGAGAGAAAUGCUGUACGCAUAGGAAAUUAUCUAAAUGAAUUUGUCUAUAUGGAGGCAGGGGAGGAGGGCGUUUAUUAUUUCCAUGUUUGUACAUUUUCCUCACAUGUUCGUGUCCAUCUGGAAAGUAUUCUCCUUGGGUGUGCAAUAUUUGUGUAUUGCUUAUUUUAUUUUUAUAUGGAGAACAGAUAUAUUACUGUAUAUAUAUAUAUGAAUGAGGCCACUUUGAAUUUCAGAGACAAUUAGGGUUUUGCAGCGUGAACAAACAGGAAGUGUCUGCACUUUUUAUACGAGAGUGAGAAAAGGCAGCAACUGACGUAACUUAGAAAAAACACCAUUUCCAAAAGAAAAAGGGCUUGUCGCAAAAGAGUCGAACGCGAGAGUCACGGCUGUCGAGCGCACACUCAUUUCACGUGCAGUCGCACAUGCUCAGCUACUAACCCCAUUUUUGUGUAACUGUCAGCGUAACUCACUAACUAGCGUUCCCCUGCGUCACCCAUUUACUCCUCGAGAAGUGAGAAGCUAGAGCCGAGCCGGACGCUGGUGUUGGCGUGAAAUCGUAUUGAUAUUUGUGAACUGCUGUUGCUUUCGGUGUUGUGUUGACGAAACCCCACGUCUCCUUUGUCGUGUGUGUGCACAAAUACUGUACACGUUUAUCGGGGCCCAAGCAAAGUGUGAAGAAUACCAAGAGAGAGCUUCUGUGUGUAUUUUUGUGACUGAGCCUCAGUGUGUAGUGUGUAACAACCUGUUGAUUUCCAUGUCCAAAAGCUGUGUCAAGACUGCAUGCCUUACACGGAGACAAAUGCACUGGUUAUUUUCCUCUUUCUUUUCUUUUCUUUUCUUUUCUUUUUUUUUUUUUUUUUUGUACAUCAAUAGAUCUGUGACCGACAAAGUGAAAAGUGAAUUCAUUAA